GAGAGGACCAGUGGUUGAAGAGGAGGCAAGUGAACUGAACGGGGCACUGUCGUAAAUACACACAGGAGAGAUAACAGUCUGUCGCAGGAACCCUAUAGAUACACAGAAUCCAUCGCAUUGCGCAUCACCGCGACAUCGAAAGGUAGAAAAUAGACAGCAACGAGAGUGAGAGAGAGAGAAAGAGAGAGAGAUAGAGAGAGAACAGGGCUCACCCUGAGGAACAAACAGGCUCUUCUCUGUUGUGAAUGUGCACGGGUCUGUGACAUUCGUACAUUGAGGAGAGAAGCAGGACUUUGCUGUGUCUGGGGCAGGGCCGGCGCGCCACACACCGACGAUGGAGAGGACGAGGAAGUGCGCGUUGCUCCUGGUGCUCUGCCUGGGACACCUCGCCAGCUCCCUGGAGGUCCCGCUGGAUCCUAAAGUUCGGGAAGGAUUGCCGCAGCCACCAACCAUAACUCACCAGUCCCCAAAGGAUUACAUCAUUGACCCGCGGGAGAACAUCGUUAUCCACUGUGAUGCCAAGGGGAAGCCAUAUCCCAGCUUCUUUUGGACCAGGAAUGGGACCCACUUUGACAUUGAUAUGGACCCCAAGGUUACCAUGAAGCCCCACUCUGGAACUCUGGUGGUGGACAUCAGUGGGGAGAAGGCCGAAUCCUAUGAAGGGGUGUACCAGUGCACGGCCAGAAAUGACCAUGGGACCGCUAUGUCAAACAACAUUAUUGUUCGCCAGUCCAAGUCCCCCUUGUGGUCGAAAGAGAGAAACGAGCCAAUUGUCGUGCAGGAGGGCGUGUCCCUGGUGCUCCAUUGCAGGCCCCCUGCAGGGUUGCCCCCACCCAUUAUAUUCUGGAUGGACAACAACUUCCAGAGGCUCCCACAGAGCAGCAGGGUGUCCCAGGCGUUGAACGGAGACCUGUACUUCUCCAACAUCCUGAAAGAGGACUCGAGAAAUGACUACAUCUGCUAUGCUCGCUUCCCCCACACCCAGACCAUCCAGCAGAAACAACCCAUCACCGUCAAAGUCCUCAACCUGGAUGCAAUCAAUGAGACAAUGGCAGAUUUUUACAAUGGCACAGAUAUUUUUAGUGACAGCCCAGCGGAGGAGAGGAAGCCCUCAUUCCUCGUCCCUUCCGGUCCCACCAGUUCCAAGCUGGUUCUAAGAGGACAGGUCCUGGAGAUGGAGUGCAUCGCUGAAGGACUGCCUACCCCAGAGAUCUCAUGGAGUAAGGUGAGUGGGGAGUUCCCUGCUGAGCGCACCUCCUUCCCACACUACAAGAAGACCCUGCGUAUCGUGAACGUGUCCACAUCGGACGCCGGAGACUACCGCUGCAAGGCCGUCAACAGCCUGGGCAACAUCCACCACACCAUCCGCGUCACCGUCAAAGCCGCUCCAUACUGGAUCACUUCCCCUAAAAACCUGGUUCUGGCUCCCAGAGAGACUGGAGUCCUUACCUGCCGGGCCAAUGGCCUGCCCAAACCCACAAUCACCUGGACCAUGAACGGCGUUUCUAUUGAGAACUCGCCCAGAGACCCCAGCAGGACAGUGGAGGAUGACACCAUCAUAUUCACACAGGUUCAGAUUGGAUCCAGUGCUGUCUACCAGUGUAACGCCUCCAAUGAAUAUGGCUACCUGCUGGAAAACGCCUUUGUCAAUGUCCUGUCUGAGCCGCCCAGAGUCCUGACCCCGGCCGACACGGUCUACCAGGUCAUCAGAAACAACCCUGCCUUACUGGACUGCUCGGUGUUCGGCUCGCCGAUCCCAAACAUCACAUGGUUUAAGGAUAGCCGCUCCAGCACCCUGGAUGGAGACCCUUACAUCUUGCAUGACAACGGGACUCUGGAGAUCCAUGUUGCUCAGGCACAGAACAGCGGCAAAUACACUUGCGUGGCCCGUAACUUCCUGGGCAUCUCUGUGAACCACGUCUACCUGCAGGUCAAGGAGCCCACACGGAUCUUGAAGCAGCCGGAGUACAAGGUCGUAAAGAGGAGUAACAGUGUGGUGUUUGAGUGUAAGGUGAAGCACGACCCCACCCUCCUGCCCACUGUCACCUGGCUGAAGGACAACGGAGAACUGCCCGAUGACGAGAGGUUUGUGGUGGACAAUGACAGCCUGACUAUAACAAAAGUGACAGAGAGCGACGAGGGUGUUUACACCUGCAUCAUGAACACCAGUCUGGACCAGGACUCUGCCAGUGCCAAGCUCACUGUAGUUGACGCCACACCCACUCCAGCUAUCGCCUACGAAUAUCCGGACCCUCCGACCGACCUGGAACUGACUGACCAGAGAGACAGGAGUGUCCAGCUCACCUGGAUCCCUGGGAAUGAAUACAACAGCCCCAUCCAGAAAUUCAUCAUCCAGUACGAGGACUCCCUGCACCAUCAUGGCCACUGGCACAACAUGACGGAGAUCCCAGGCACCAGGACCACGGCCCACCUGAAGCUCUCCCCCUAUGUCCACUACACCUUCAGAGUCCUGGCCCUCAACGCUGUGGGCCUGAGCCAGCCCAGCUACCCCUCCAGGAUGUACAAGACCCGGCCAGCAGCGCCCGACGAGAACCCGUCAGGAGUGGAAGGUCAUGGAACCGAACAUGACAACCUUGUCAUCUCAUGGAAGCCAUUGCUGGGUCUUCAGUCCAACGGCCGUGGCCUGCAGUAUAAGGUCAUGUGGAGACAGAAGGAGGUGGACAAUCAGUGGAGCUCAGUGACCGUGGCUAAUGUCUCCAAGUUUGUGGUCUCCGGGACGCCCACCUUUGUCCCCUACGAAGUGAAGGUUCAAGCUCUGAACGAGCACGGGCCUGGACCUGAACCCCCAACUGUCACUGGCUACUCGGGAGAGGACCUGCCGUUGUCGCCUCCAGACAACGUCCAGGUCAUGGCCUUGAACAGCACCCUGGCCGAGAUCCACUGGGAACACGUCCCUCCCAAAUCUGUGCGGGGACGCCUGAAGGGAUACAAGCUGUACUACUGGAAGGAACAGAGCCUCCACAAACACAACUCGCACCACGUGGAGCAACAAGUCCUUCUCUUCAGCGGGAACAAGAGCCAUGGCAUGCUGCCUGGUCUGGAGCCCUUUAGCCUCUACGCCUUCAACAUGAGGGCCUACAACAGCAGGGGAGAGGGACCUGCCAGCACCAGCCAGCAGUUUGAGACUCCAGAGGGAGCUCCAGGGCAUCCGUCUUUCCUGAGAAUCACCAACCCCAACCUGGACUCCCUGACUCUGAGCUGGGGCCCUCCCCACAACCGUAACGGGCACCUCACCGGCUACACUCUCAGAUACCAGACAGUCAAUAACUCCAAUGAGCUGGGCCCAGUGGUGGAACUGGCCCUGCCCCCCAACGAGACAUCGGUCACUCUGCUCAACCUCAAGUACAGCACACGCUACAAGUUCUAUUUUAAUGCCAAAACAAACAGGGGGGCAGGCCCCGCCAUUACAGAGGAGGCCAUCACUAUCAUGGACGAAGGGAUCAUUGAGCCCUCACACCCCAUAGCACGGCAUCCUCCACGCCACCCACACCACCACAAGGGAACAGUGCUUCCGACCGCUCCAGCGUUUGGGAACGUUAGCUCCUCGCUGGGAGAGGACGGGGCUCUGAUCAGUUGGGAAUACUGGGGCCUGGAGAAAGACGUUUAUGUAGAGUACCUAGUAAUGAACAGUGAACAGGAGUGGCACACAGAGUAUGUAAAUGGCUCUCAGACCUAUUUGCUGAGGGGCUUAAAGGAGGGUCUGUCCUAUAGGGUGCGUGUGGUCGCCAGGGGUCACGCCGACCAGGCGGUGCACCACUCGGAGGAGCUUUUGGUCACGGUUCCAGCUAUGGCUAGCAGACAGGUGGACAUCGCCACUCAGGGCUGGUUCAUCGGCCUCAUGUGCGCCAUCGCUCUCCUCAUCCUUGUCCUGCUCAUCAUCUGCUUCAUCCAGAGGAACAAGGGAGGCAAAUACCCAGUGAAAGAGAAGGAGGAUGCUCACACUGAUCCAGAGUUCCAGCCCAUGAAAGAUGAUGACUGCACAUUUGGGGAAUACAGUGACUCUGAGGACCAUAAACCGCUUAAAGGGAGCCGCACGUCGUCAAAUGGAACGGUAAAGAGAGGCGACAGUGACGACAGUUUAGUUGACUACGGGGAUGCUGGAGACGGACAGUUCAAUGAGGACGGCUCGUUUAUUGGACAGUAUAGCGGAAAGAGGGAGAGGGACACCGGCGAGGGCCACGAGAGCUCUGAGGCUCCCUCUCCUGUCAAUAAUGCCAUGAACUCUUUCGUGUAGCCAGGCAGACGUCCAGUAGGAGGCGCUCCAGUGACUGUCCCCCCUCCCCCCCCAUUGACCCAUCUCUCUCACUUGUCGCCCACGGUUGUACCAUAACAACGCUGUAUGGCUUCUCAUCACAUGCCCAUCCCGACCACACUGUCAGACAUGGCCCUCAUCAGCUGGAGGGGCUGUUACUGACCCUGGAUACGAGUGGAGAAAUGUUGCCCUGCGUUGGGAAACAGUGGCUGUGUGGAAGGAUGCAGAGAAAGCUCUGGGUUUGGUUCAUCUGAUUACUGACUUUGGAGUGUUAGAGCAGCAAUGGGAGUCUGGUUAUUAUACAGUGCAUGAACAUUGAACAGUUAUCAGCAGCCUUUUAACACAUUGAAAUUAACAGACAUGAAUAUUUUACGGGGGAUUGUAGGCUAUCCUGAAUUUAUUUUAAGGAUUGGGUUUUUCCACAUUGUUAUUAUGAUAUUAUUCAUUAUGUAUCUAAGGCACAUUAUUGUCUAGACUCUCUUCUUCCAGUGAAAUGGUUGUAAAUUAAAUUAUACAGCACGACGGGGAUAUGUAUAUACAAACAGUAGCUCAAGAGAAAAUCAUAAUGUACAGUUUGUACAUAAGCGUCUUAAAGUAUUAUUCAGUAGAGAUGGACACUUCAAGCUCGUAAACAUAGUGGACACGUCUUUGGGCUGCAUGCUUUGCUGCAUCCUUCGCUACACCCAUGUGUUCACUUGUUACCUCUGUGUUGAUGUUUGGAAAUGAACUGCACAUCUGAUUGCAUGGCAUGCUGCACCCCCUCUAUCUCAGUGCCAUGACCUCAUCAUGACCUUUGCCCCAUUUGCGGCUUUAUUAGGUUCCACAUCACAUGACCUUGACCUUCAGGCCAUUGCAGGAGCUUAGGGCAUGUGAGCAUGUUCACUCAAACAAUUUUUUUGCUUCUCAAAGGCCAAGUGCUGGGUGGCCUUCAGCAAACAGUGCCUUUAUACAGAAUGCUGAUUUGGUCCUGAUUUCCCCCCAAAUUAUUUUUCCAGUUCAGUGACUGGAACUGGUGAAAAGCGAUAGGACUGUGCAGUCGUACAGAUGAGUUAAGCUUGAAAGGAGAAGGACCCCAUCAAUAAGGGAAUAUAAUUCAUACAGUCAACUCCCCAGUGCUUGUGUCAGAUUCUGAAUUUUCUUUCCUUUAAACAAGCAGCUUACAGCAACAGUAUUGGACAUGGUGAAUGCAUAUUCUGUUAGAAACAUUGCUCUGCUUUUUUAAGGUUUGGUUGUCCAUGUUCGAUUGUAUUUCUGCAGUGUGUGUAGUUGUUUGUGUGCGUGAGUGAGUGAGUGUGUGUGCGUGCGUAUAUAUAAUCCAUGCUAGGCAAGACCUGUUCACUUGUACUAACUCCAUUUUAGAGCCUUUGAGAUGAGAGGAUGGAAUCAAGAUUUUUUUUUCUUAACUUGCAUCAAGUUUUUUGUCUAAUGUAGAUUUUUUGUUGAAUUUGUACACAUACUCUAUUUGACUCCAGUACCGAAACCAGAGCUAAUGACGACAAACCAGGCUGCCUCUGAGGCAGUGAUAUGCAUGAGAUGGGCUGACGUGCUGAAAGGCCUGUGCUCAAUACAGACUUCUAUAGAAUACAGUAUAUACUUUUUCUUUACUUUUCUUUUGCUGUGAACAUUAUACAUUUUGACUAACUUGAGUCAAUUGUCGACCUUCAAUUUGGAUAGUAUUGUCUGCCUUAGGUAGUUGUGUUUCCAAAGUUCCAACGUUUGUACAAUACUGAAUACAUAGAAUGCUCCAGACCAUGUACAGUAUGCUAUCAUUUUGCUUUCUUGUGUUAAAGUGUUACAGUGUAAGCAGCUCUGUAGUCUGCAAAAGUCAUACAACUUCUUGUGACAGUAUCACAAAAUGAUUUCUAUUGAAAAAAACAGUUUCAAGAUUUGUACUAACAGUUUAUUUCCCUUUCCAUUUCUAUUUAAGUUUAUCCACUUAGUGCAAGGAUGACAUUCAAGCAACUUGAAAUAUAAUGAAUAAAUAAAGAAAUAUAAGUAUCUGA